AUGCACACCUGUCAACCUACCACCCUCGCGCUGCGCGCAGCUCGGUCGUCAUUGAAACCGAAAUCCUUCCAACGCGGGUACAACCAAGACAUCGCCAUCACAAGGACGGGGAAACCGAUCAUAAAACAAGCUGGAGGAAGAUCUUCGUUAGGGGGCUAUACAGUUACUGUGUUCGGUGCAAAUGGGUUCCUUGGGAGAUACAUCGUCCAGCGACUAGCAAAGAGAGGGUGCCAAGUUGUCGUGCCGUACAGAGAUGACAUGGGGAAGAGACAUUUGAAGCCCACUGGUGAUCUGGGGAGAGUUUCAUUUAUGGAAUUCGACCUGAGAAACACGCAGUCGAUCGAAGAGAGUGUGCGACACUCCGAUAUUGUGUUCAACCUGAUUGGCAAGAAUUACCCGACCAAAAACUUCAGUCUGUGGGAUGUCAAUGUCGAGGGUGUGGAAAGAAUAGCUGAAGCCGUUGCAAAAUACGACGUUGACCGGUUCAUUCAUCUCUCGUCGUACAAUGCCGACAUUGACUCGCCCUCCGAGUUCUUCAGGACAAAGGCCAUGGGAGAGAAAGUUGCAAGACAGCUCUUCCCUGAGACCACGAUUGUUCGACCGGCACCCUGCUUCGGUUUUGAAGAUACCCUUCUACAUCGCCUUGCUGGCGUUACCAACUUGAUUACCGUGAACAACAUGCAGGAACGUUUCAACCCGGUUCAUGCUAUCGACGUCGGAAUGGCUUUGGAAAAGAUUGGCUACGAUGACACCACGGCGGGCGAGACUUUUGAACUCUACGGCCCCACAAACUACAGCAUGCGCGAAAUCGCCGAAAUUGUCGACAGGGAAAUUCUUAAAGAGCGCCGCCACAUUGACGUGCCCAAAGCUCUCCUCAAACCCAUCCUUUACUACCUCAACAAGGUCAUUUGGUGGCCAAUCAUGACGGCGGAUCAGCUGGAACAAGAGUCACUGGAUCAGACCGUCGAAAAGGGAGCAAAGACCUUCAAAGAUCUGGGAAUCGAGCCGGCAGAGUUGAGAGACUUGACCUACCUAUAUCUGCAAGACUACCGGAGCAGCUCCUACUAUGAUUUGCCUCCAGCAACAGCCCGGGAGAAGAAGGAGGCAAAGAAGUAUCUGCACGUUAUUGAUGAUCAGUAG